AUGGGUCUGGGAGUUCCGAAAUUGAACGGUAGUGGUGCAAAGAUUCGAUACAGCGGCAUUAUUAGCAGGAUGGUGGUCAAGGGAUACGACACCUCUCCUCCUAGGGAGGAUGUAGAAGAGGCUCUGAGACAACACUUUGCAUCACGUGGAAUAAAGUUGAUACAUGUUUCUGUCUUCGAAGACUACGACACUCUUGUUCUCUGCCGUUGCGCUUUAAUCUAUGUUAAUGAAGAAUGUGAAGCAGAGGCCCUGAAGCUUCAGGGAAGUGACAUGGGAGGAGGCUGUAUUUUAGAAAUUAAGGCUUACCCUUUUGCCGACAAUCACCUUGACGAGGUCUUUGCUCCUACCAAAGCCUCAGACGAAUACCUACAGCGCGGGUUGAAAGUUACGGGAUUUGAUACUUCUCUUGCUACCGAGGAUGAUAUCAUGAAGAUGGUACGUGAGGCUUUCCCUAGAUCCGGUUGUUUUGUUCAUAAUGACGGGUCUGCUCUCGUUUAUCUCCAUGGUCAAGAUGCUAUUGAAAAUGCUCUGAAACUUAGUGGAGGUUCUGUGGGAGGCUUUAAAAUUGCAGUUGAUAAGGUCCUCCCAAUAAGAAAAGUGAGCGUUGGCAUAUAUCCCAGCAUAUAUCCCAAUGCAUGGUUGGAUUUGGGUGCGGGAAAACAGAAGACGAUCAUGACUAAGGACUAG